AUGAGUAUUGUUAAAGCAAAUUCAUUACUUAAAUUUACACCCGCUACUGUCGGAUCACCCAUUCCUCAAUUAGAUAACCGUACUGCUGUUUCAAAUGAUGAAUCAUCAAGACCAAUUGUAUUACUCUACGGUUGGAUGGGCAGUCAAAUGCCUCAUCUUCAAAAAUAUGCAUUAAAAUGGAAUGAAAAAGGUUAUAAUACAUUUGCAUAUUGUCCAACAACUUCUGAAACAUUUAUAACACCAGCAAGAAGUAAAUGUAAGAAAAUGAUGGAUCAAAUCAAAGAAUAUUUGAAUAGUAAUCCAAAUUGUCAAUCUUUGAUUAUCCAUGCUUUCUCCAAUGGAGGAGGUUUCUAUUAUUUCUAUACACUCGAAUUGUUGAUGGAACACAAGGACUAUAAAUACCUUCAUCGUUAUGUAAAGGGAUCGGUUUUGGAUAGUCUUCCAACCCUCUCUCUUAAAUCGGCCAUCGAAGCUUCCAAGGUAUCAGCAGGCGCUCUCUUUUCCGCCUUUUUAGCUAUUUUCAUUGUUCCAAUCAUCUAUAUUGCUAUGCGUAACUUUAUGAUCUCUUAUAGAGAUCAUAUAACUCAUUCAAAGAAUAAAUGGCAACAUUUAGUAUUUUACUCAAAGAAUGAUAAAUUAGUAAAAUAUGAUCAGGUAACUGAAUUCUUAAAGAUAUUCCGUAACAAUCACAAGAAUCACCAAGAUAUAUUAAUAGAACAAUGUUUUGAAGACUCUCCACACGUACUUCAUCUCCGUCAACACCCAGAGGUGUAUAUGAAUAGAAUUGACCAAUUUUUGACUAGAAUCAAAGAAGCAAGCUCUUCCGUCUCGUCGUCUUCUUAA